CACAUUUAAACGUUUAUAAUCCCAAGCUUCCACUUUUUUUCUUUCCCAAAACCUCUACGAUAAAAGUCGAUAAAGCUAACGUUUUUCUACCUGAUUCUAGCAUUUGCGUACAUACCCACAUAAAUCUAUAGACAUUCUUAUUGUUUUGACAAAUUUAUUCGUACAAAAGUAAUUUGCGUGGGUUUUACUUGAUUAAGAAACGCCGGCAAAGACCGGCAUGAAGUUCCUGAUCAUUUUGUUGGUAGCGGCCGCAGCUGCCUCAGCGGUGAACGGCGGUGUCGGUGGGUUUUCAUCCAGGGUUCUGACUUUGGAAAGGGCGUUUCCGGCGAACAAGACGGUUGAGCUUGAAGUCCUCAUAACACGAGACCGCGUGAGACACGCCCGAAUCUUGCAACGCUUCUCCGGCGGCAUUGUCGACUUCAACGUCGUCGGCACCUCCGAUCCUUACUACGGCGGGCUGUAUUUUACUAAAGUGAAAUUGGGUUCUCCACCACAAGAGUUCAAUGUUCAAAUCGACACAGGAAGCGACAUAUUAUGGGUUACAUGCAAUUCAUGUAGCGAUUGUCCUCAAUCAAGUGGAUUCGGUGUUCCACUAAAUUUCUUUGAUGCUGGAAGCUCAUCAACGGCUUCUACAGUAUCAUGUUCAGACUCAAUUUGCUCUUCUAUAGUUCAAACUUCAGAUGCUUCAUGUUCUGAUCAAACUAAUGAAUGUGGAUAUAGCUUUCAAUAUGGAGAUGGAAGUGGAACAUCUGGUCAUUAUGUAACCGAUUUGUUGUUCUUUGACACAAUUGUGGGCCCCUCCAUAGUUGCUAACUCUUCAGCUUCCAUUACAUUCGGGUGUAGCACCUAUCAAUCAGGUAGCUUAACUAAACCAGAUAAAGCAAUCGAUGGAAUUUUUGGAUUUGGGCAAAAUGGUCUUUCUAUCAUGUCACAAUUAUCUUCAAGAGGAAUUACUCCAAAAGUCUUUUCACAUUGCUUAAAGGGAGAUGGAUUGGGUGGUGGAAAGCUUGUUCUUGGUGAGAUUUUGGCCCCGACUAUGGUUUAUAGUCCCCUUGUCCCAUCACAGCCUCAUUACAAUCUUGAUCUACAAAGCAUUUCGGUCAACGGUCAAAUGUUGACCAUUGACCCAACUGCUUUUGCCACAUCAGAUAACCAUGGAACCAUUGUUGAUACAGGAACAACUUUGACUUACCUUGUUGCAGAAGCAUUUGACCCUUUUGUCAAUUCUAUAACUGCUGUUGUUUCACAAUUAACAACACCUGUCAUCUCAAAGGGCACUCAAUGUUAUUUAGUUACAUCAAGCAUAAAUGGGAUUUUUCCGGAAGUUUCCUUAAACUUUGCUGGUGGUGCUUCCAUGAUUCUUAAACCUGAGAACUACCUUGUACAUGGGGAUCCUGUUGAUGGAGGUACACCAUGGUGCAUUGGCUUUCAGAGAGUCCAGAAUGGGGUGUCAAUUCUUGGAGAUCUUGUUCUUAAAGAUAAGAUAUUUGUGUAUGAUUUAUCAAAGAAACGAAUUGGAUGGACUGAUUAUGAUUGUUCAAGUGAUGUAAAUGUCUCAAUAACUUCAAGUAAAGAUGAAUUUAGAAAUGCAGGAGAGUUGAAUGAGAACACUUCAUCAAGAACCACAAGUGUUCUUCAAGUUCUACUGUUGUUCCAUAUACUAUCAAUGACACUUGGAUCUUUACUCUGGGCAUCAAUUGGGGACAAAUAUAAAGAUAGGGGCAAUUACCUCAACCUCAUACUAUCUCCUUCUCCCUUGUGGCGAUUUGCUGAUUGUUUAAGUCAAAUAGGUUCAUGCUCAUUUCAACUUUGGACCUUUGUGUGCAUCGACAAAUUUCUUGCUGUAUAUGAAUUCCAUGAUUUCAUUCCAUUCUUCAUCUAAACCUUACGGUGAUAUGAUGUUUCCCAGUUAAGGAAUUUGUAAAUCUACUCUAUUCCAUUACCCUAAUUGGUUGAUUAGUUCUCCCUUUCAUUUUCAGAUCAAAAAGAUCAUGGUGAACCUUCUAUCGAAAGUUUGCCGGGAUCGGGUAACCAAUACAAAAUGGGAAAAUGACUUAUGAAGGUAAUAUGACCGGCUAUUACCUGUUUUUGCCCGUUUUAACCGGUUGCAUCAAUUUUACUCAGUUAAAGCUAAUUACGUGGAUUCUUACGUGGCCAUUACUCCCCUUUCUCAUUUAAUUAGGGUUCAAUACGUUCAAUUUCACCAUAAUCACCUCCCGAUUUUAGAUUCGAUUCACCAAAUUGAAGAUUAGAGUUUGGAGUUGAAGUUAC